GAGCUGGGGGAUCCCAACAUCCUGAUCUGCUACGUGGACAAGUUCUGGCCAUCCGUGAUCUCCAUCACGUGGCUGAGGAACGGGCAGGAGGUGACGGACGGUGUCCUCGAGACCGUUUUCUACCCACGGGAUGACAACACCUUCCGCAAGUUCUCCUACCUGCCCUUCAUCCCCAUCCGGGGGGACUACUACGACUGCCGCGUGGAGCAUGAGGGGCUGCCCACCGCCCUCCUGAAGCACUGGGAGCCCCAGGUACCCCUCCCCGCCUCUGAGAGCACCGAGACCCUGGUGUGCGCCCUGGGCCUGGCCGUGGGCAUCGUCGGCAUCAUC